CUAAUAAGAAUUGUCGAAGCAUUUCUCUAAUAACAUCUGCAACAUUUGUAUUAAAUUUCAUAGAAUUUCGAUAACUUUUUGUCUGCAUUUAGAAAAAAAUGUCUAGUGAAGAUGCAGAGAGAUUUGAUUCAAUGUUUAUGGCCGUUGCUCAGCAAUGUGAAGGUGGAAUACACGAGUUGCUUGAUGUUUUCUUUUGUUUUCUUGGCCGAAAAACAGACUUUUUCACAGGAGCAAAUAAAGGACAGGCACAAAAGAUAGUUAUGGACAAAUUCAAGGCACAUGAAACAAAGGCAGUAAAGGCAAAGGAGAAAGAGAAAAAUGAACAGGAAAUGAAAAGAGCAGCAAAGGAGAAAGCAAGGAAGGAAAAAGAAAUGGAGGAAGCUAGGAAGAAAGAAGAGGCGUUAAAAGAACCAAAAAUAAAAGAAUUGACAGAUGAAGAAGUGAAAAAACUUGAAGAAGAAAUGAGUAAUCAAAAAAUGGAUUCUGAGCCUCUGGAAACAAAUGGAAAUGAUGAAGACACAUCUGAGAAGAAGGCGGAAGAAAAGGAACAGGAGAGUGAUGAAGAUGAGGAUGCGAAGGGAAAACUAAAACCAAAUGUUGGAAAUGGAUGUGAUCUGGAUAACUAUAGUUGGACCCAGACUUUAUCAGAGCUUGAGAUACGAGUUCCUUUGUGUGUUGACUUUAAAGUCAAGGGCAGGGAUGUAAUUGUUGACACUAAAAAGAAGCAUAUUAAAAUUGGUUUAAAAGGUCAUCCAUUAAUCCUUGAUGGGGAAUUGUAUAAGGAGAUCAAAUUGGAAGAAAGCAUUUGGACAUUAGAUCAAAAUACUGUUGCUGUUACUCUAGAAAAGGUAAAUAAAAUGGAAUGGUGGAGCAAAGUUUUAAUGACAGAUCCAGAAAUUAACACAAAGAAAGUUAACCCAGAAAACUCAAAGUUGUCAGAAUUGGAUGGCGAAACAAGAGGCAUGGUUGAAAAAAUGAUGUAUGACCAAAGACAGAAAUCGAUGGGCUUACCAACUUCAGAUGACCAGAAGAAACAGGAUGUUCUCAAAAAAUUCAUGGCGCAACACCCUGAAAUGGAUUUCUCACAAGCUAAAUUCUCAUGAUACUCUCGUGAUAUGGAAAACCAGAUUAGAGACAUUGGUAAUUAUACGUCAGUAUCACACUGGUUGACAUUAUUUUUGCGUUAAUAUGCUAAGGACACUGACAUCGAACAGUUUUUUUGUUAAAAAUGGGUGUGUUGACUGUUGAGCUGCAAGUUUCGAGUCGUACUGAAAACGAGGCAAAAUGUUGCAAAUUAUGUAUUGCGCAGGACUGAACAUACAUACCCUCCAAGAAAAUAUAUGUUAUAAGCUUA